GCACUCUACCAGGUUCCUACCCUUUACCACAACCGAACCGUCAGGGAAAACAGUUUUCUAACAGAAAAGAAGUCCGGAGGCUGAGCCCCUAAAGAAUAACGGGGUCGUGGGACAAGUUUUCCACCACAGCAUUCAUCAGAUGCAGGUCCGCGCAGAUCCCCGCCAUGCCCGCGUCCUGGAUCCCUGCUCUCUGCCUCGGUGCGUGGCUGCUGCUGCUGCUACUGCUGCCCCGGCUCACGCGCGCCGAGGGAGCCGUCCCCAUUGCCAUCACCUGCUUUACCAGAGGCCUGGAUAUCCGAAAAGAGAAAGCAGAUGUUCUCUGUCCGGGAGGCUGCUCUCUGGAGGAGUUCUCUGUGUUUGGGAACAUAGUGUAUGCCUCGGUGUCCAGCAUCUGUGGGGCUGCCAUCCAUAGGGGAGUGAUUGACACCUCCGGGGGACCUGUGCGUGUCUACAGCCUUCCUGGUCGAGAGAACUAUUCCUCAGUAGAUGCCAAUGGCAUCCAGUCUCAGACACUUUCCAGAUGGCCCGCUUCCUUCGCGGUGACCAAAGGCAAAGGCAGUACCCAGGAAGCCACGGGCCGGGCAGUAUCCACAGCCCAUCCACCUGCAGGUAAACGGCUAAAGAAAACACCAGAGAAGAAGACUGGUAAUAAAGACUGCAAGGCAGACAUUGCAUUUCUGAUCGAUGGAAGCUUUAAUAUAGGGCAGCGGCGAUUUAAUUUACAGAAGAAUUUUGUUGGGAAAGUGGCGCUAAUGCUGGGAAUUGGAACAGAAGGACCACACGUGGGCCUCGUGCAAGCCAGUGAACAUCCCAAAAUAGAAUUUUACUUGAAAAACUUUACUUCAGCCAAAGAUGUCUUGUUUGCCAUAAAAGAAGUAGGUUUCCGAGGGGGUAAUUCCAACACAGGGAAAGCCUUGAAGCACACCGCUCAGAAAUUCUUCACAGCAGACACAGGUGUGAGGAAAGGGAUCCCCAAAGUGGUGGUGGUGUUUAUUGACGGCUGGCCUUCGGAUGACAUUGAGGAAGCAGGCAUUGUGGCCAGAGAGUUCGGUGUCAAUGUGUUCAUAGUUUCUGUGGCCAAGCCCAUCCCUGAAGAACUGGGGAUGGUUCAGGAUGUUGCAUUUGUUGACAAGGCUGUGUGUCGGAACAAUGGCUUCUUCUCUUAUCACAUGCCCAACUGGUUUGGCACCACAAAAUAUGUCAAGCCUCUGGUGCAGAAGCUCUGCACUCAUGAGCAGAUGAUGUGCAGCAAGACCUGUUACAACUCGGUGAACAUCGCCUUCCUAAUUGAUGGCUCCAGCAGUGUUGGAGAUAGCAAUUUCCGUCUUAUGCUGGAAUUUGCUUCUAACAUAGCCAAGACAUUUGAAAUCUCAGACAUUGGAGCCAAGAUAGCUGCCGUACAGUUCACUUAUGACCAGCGCACAGAGUUCAGUUUCACCGACUAUAACACCAAAGAGAAUGUCCUAGCUGUCCUAGGGAACAUUCGCUACAUGAGUGGAGGGACAGCUACUGGUGAUGCCAUCUCCUUUACUGUGAGAAAUGUGUUUGGUCCCAUAAGGGGCAGCCCCAACAAAAACUUCCUGGUCAUUGUCACAGAUGGCCAGUCAUAUGAUGAUGUCCGAGGCCCUGCUGCAGCUGCCCAUGAUGCAGGUAUCACCAUCUUCUCUGUUGGUGUGGCUUGGGCACCUCUGGAUGACCUGAAAGAUAUGGCCUCUAAACCCAAGGAGUCACAUGCUUUCUUUACCAGAGAGUUCACAGGAUUAGAACCAAUUGUCUCUGAUGUCAUUAGAGGCAUUUGUAGAGAUUUCUUGGAAUCCCAGCAAUAACUGUGAUACUCUGACAACUCAAAGAAUGCGUACAAGGGGAUCUAACAUGCAAAUUGUAUUCUCAAUACCUAAGUAACUUUAUAGCUUACCAGGAUCAGUAAAUACAUCCACAGCUGUUUAAAGCAAAUGAGCAUUCAUUUGAAGCACCUAAUUUAGAUUGACCGAGGCUUGAUAAUCAGGGUCCUUAGAAACUCAGGAAAGAGAGAUGUCAUGGAUUAAGACUGCAGAGUUCAGACAUGCAUACUCCAAGUGGCUAUGCGAGUUCCACAGCUCCGUAAAGAACCUGACCCUUGGACACAAGCACUGGUCCUUCUUUCAUCACUGUGUUGACUGUGCAAGGAGAGCAAGGCAGCUUUUCAACCUAGACCAAGCCCAAUGUUGACCCACGUGGACGUUGUCUUAAAACCAGCCGACAGCUGUCAUUUCAUGUACCAGUCAUAACUACACAUUAUAUGACCAUGUAUCAAGCUUCUUUUGUAGUGUGUUUUCAUAACUAAUGGCUAAAAAUACCACAUUGAGUAAAGAUAGGACUGCCUGGUAUUUUUCUAUUUAUAUCCCUAAUUUUAUGUGUAUAGGCAGGCAUUACUCCAAGGACUGAGAAAAUGCUUAAGCAGGUUAAGUUUCUGAAAAAAGAUGUUUCAAGUAUUGUAACAGGAAAAAUACACGGCAUAAUAGCUUGGAUAUGUCAACAAUAAAACUGGUAGUGACUUA